UAACUCGUGAAACAAGCGACAACAAAAUGGCGGCUUAUGCCAACCGCGCCGAAUCGGUGCACGACUGUACAUUCGAUCACUCUCUCUCCUUCGAGAUACUUCGACCGAGGGUUUUAGAUAAAUAUUCCAACUUCUUCUAAACUACAAGAAUACAAGAUCAGAUCACUGCCAAACAUUUCAAGACUAUCUACGUUUAGAUCAUACGACUUCUUUUCGCAAGAAGAGUUAAGAAAUGCUGAACAAUGCAAUUAAUUUCAAAAAGUGAUACUGACAUAUACAAUCAAAGGAAGAUGUCAGCGAUUGAACAGGAAUCGUUUAACGAAAAGUUCAUAAACAGUAGUUUACUAGAGAAAAUUGAUAGCGAAACUUGUGAUAUUAAUAAAGACUAUGUUAAAGAAAGAAUUGUGGAAUUUUUAGAUGAAAAUGAGUAUGGAGAACCUAAUGGCAUAAGCAAUAUAAGUAAAGAUGAUAAAAAUAUUUUAUUGAAUUCUAAUGAAACUAGUAAUGAUAUAAUUAGUAUAGACCAAACAGAAAAUAAUAAAGAAAGUAAUUUACCUAUAGUCUGCGAUCCUGAAAACAGUAAUGAAGCAUCUGAAAUUGUCACUGAAGAGAAAGAGUCAGAAAAAAUAAAAAGUAAUACGAGUGUUGAAAUGGAACAUAAUGAAGAGAAACAGACUGAUUUGCAAUCGAGAGAAGAUGAAAAAUUGAAUGAAGAACAACAAGCACAUAGAGAAACGCAGGAAAAUAUAGACAACCAAAAGAAUGCAGAACAAGAGAAUGAAGAAAAGCACGAACAUGCAGAACCUGAGAGUAAAGGAAAACACGAAUAUGACGAGACACAGGAAGUAAAAGAAAAAUUGGAAAGUGAACAAAAUAAGGAAAUAUUAACAAAUACUGAUUUACAAGAAAACAUAUGUGGAUUAGACACAAGUAUGCAAAAAAGUAAUAAUGAUAAAGCAAAGACAAUUACUAUUACAGAUACAGAAUCUGAUAACAGUAAAGAAAUAUCAACUCACAAUAGUAUUGGAAAUGAAAAUAUUAUCGAUAUUCAAGAUGAAAAAGAGGAUGAAAGUGUCCCAAUAAAUGAUCAAGAGUUGACCAACGUUGAUAAACAAUUAGAAAUUUUAUCAAAAAACGAAAGUGACAAUAUAAUAGAAAAUAAAGAAUCUUUAGAAAAAGAUGACAAUUCCUGUGAAAAGACAAUUUCAACCCCCAAAGAAAGUUCAUCGUGUUGUAAUAAAGAUAUUGCUAAAAAUGCUGAAGAAAAAUGUUUGGAAAAUGAACAAAGUAAAAAGGAACCUGUAGAAAAUAAAUUAACUAAUAAUAAGGAAUCAAAAAAUCUUUCACACAUAUGUAAAUUAUCAAACACACUAGAUAUUUUAUCUGAUGAAGACGAGGAACCUGCACAAGAAGAAUCUCUAAAAGAAAUAAGUUCGGUUGAAAAACAAUGUAUUAAUAUAGAUGACGAUGACGACAUUAUGCUAGUUGAUGAGGAAACUGAUACUAAAGACAAUCAAAAUGCAGCUGAAACUAAAGUAGAGGAUAAAGAAUGUCAAGACUCACCUUCUAAUUCAACAAAUAUAGAUAUUAUUCAAGAAAAAGAAACUGUGGAUGCCAAUAAAGACAGUCUGAAUAUUACAGAAAAGGAACCAGACACUCCACAAGAAGAAAAUAAAUCUGUUGAAAAUAAAUUAACACAAAAACCAUUAUUACCUGUUAACUUCCUUAAAAGUUGUAAAAAAAAUUUGGCAGACAUGACGAGAGAUGAACUUGAAGAAUUUUGUAUAUUAAAAAUAGUAGAAAGUGUAGUUGAUAGGAGUAACUUAAGUGAAAUAAAAGCUCAACUAAAAAAUAUGGGUCAGAAUAUUGAGGAGUAUAAGAAAAAAGCUAUGACGAUUAGUAAACAAAACAGAGAUCUGCAAGUAGUUUUGAAGUCUGUUCAAGAGGAACAGAAAAAGAAAUCUGAUGUCCCAAUCACUCCCUUAAAGAUCACACGCUCAGUUGGAAUGCAAGUUUUUAUGACAGAUAAAAUAACAGUAAGGAGAAAAUCCACCUUAAUAGGAAAUAAUUCACAAAAUAAUUUAGUUCCUAAUAACUCUCCAAAUCGUCUUAAUAAAAGCCUAUCUAAUCAAAGUCCAAAAACUCAAAGUAAUGGAAAUAAUAAUCAACAAAUCCCUGUGCCAAGACUGGUGCCAGCUAAUAAUACUAACAAUAAUAAAGUCCAGGCACCUAGUAUGAACACUGCUGCAAAAGCCCCAGCUACUGUCAAUUUGCCUAAUGGCAUUAGAACUUCACCUCCGGCUCAAAAACCAGAAAAGAGAACACAUAAUAAAAUGCAACAGGGUAAUUCUGUUACCGUUGACUUAACUGAUGAUGAGCCACCUUCUAAAAUAGUCCAACGAAAUGUUAAUCCUCCGGUCAGAUUGGUAUCCCCUCAAAAUUUACUGGCUCCUCAACGACAACCUUUUGGUUCUAAUGUUAGUAGUCCUCGAAAAGUAUACAUACCAAUAAGUGGUUCCCAAAAUCAGGUUAGGGCUGGACAGACAAUUAUGCUUAAGACUGUAACACCUCCUCAAGGUCCAAGACCAAGAUUUCCUCCAAUUUUACCGAAAGCAAAUUCAAAUACCAAUGUAAUAAGAGGGACAAGAGUAAAUAACAGGCAUCCUGCACCUUUGCCUGACUGCAUAAAACAGUAUCAACCUCCAAAUUGGAAAGAAUUACCACCUGCUCCAGAACUCAAACUGUCUAAAGUAGAAAAUGGAAUUGUAAUAUCAUGGAAAAUAGACGGAUAUCAAGAAGAAAGACACGAAGAAAUAGCGAGCUAUCAAUUAUAUGCUUAUCAAGAGUCGUCAUCUCCUUCAAGCACAACAUUAUGGAAGAAGAUUGGUGAUGUCAAAGCUCUACCUUUACCUAUGGCAUGUACUUUGACUCAAUUUAUGGCUGGAUAUAAAUACUAUUUUGCAGUUAGAGCUGUUGAUAUUAGAUCUCGACUGGGACCUUUUAGUGCACCAGGAAGUAUACUUCUUUUGAAUAAGAUGUGAGACUGAUGAUAACCAUUAUCAGAAAUGCUUACAAUGUCAUACAUUGUAAUUAGUUUGUGUAAAUAUUCGGAAAAUAGGUGUUUUAAUUUAUUAAAUUGUCUGUACUCAGGAUAUUUACUGGACUCAGAAAGGUGUUAAAAUUAAUCCUCCUUGUAUUGUCGUUAUUGUAACCUAUCGACACACUUCAUAAAAUGAGUACAUUUUUUUACUGUUUAGUUUGCUAGAAGAAUGAAGAUAAGUAGCAAAUUGUCUCUAAUAAAAGUCGCCGAGAAAUAUUA